CUUCAUCAAGGGCAAUUCCUUCACCGCCCGCUACUCAAUUACUUCAGGCGUUGAGAACCCAGAUAACGGUAUGCUCCUCGAGUCCCACUCGGAAUUUCCAAGCAGACAUUCGUUUUAACUACUGUAAUUUAGACUUUAACCACAAAAAGCAGGAAGAGAUUCUAUCAGCCUGAGCUAUGUCGACAACUAUGCCUCCACCGCCCAAAUAUAUGUUGCGGCCCAGUGUCUACUGGUUCCAAGAUUCUGCCAACCCGACAUUGGAAGAAGUCCUCGACGCGACGGAAAUGGUUUUUGAUAGGUAUAUGAAUGAUCGCGAAUUCCCAAUAGGUCUCGGCGUAUGGCAAGUUUCAGUUUUCCUUUAUUCCGAGUAUCUUCUAAGGAUAAUUCCGAAAGUAUUCGAAUUUUACACAGGAAAUGACGAGAAGCUUGAGAAGACUCCAAUAGCAAUGGAGGUAAUGGAUGCAUUGUUUAAAUACCACUUGAUUGGACGGGGGCAACUUACAAAGCCACCACAAGAACAUUGUGAGGAGUUUCAUCAGUUUCGAGAUAUGGGAGCACGCUUGUGGCAGAUAGUAUGCGCCAUAGGCCCUGGGACUCUCCUUUACCAAUCAGCAAUAAAUACAGCAUUGGCUUGUACCGGAGAUGAAAAUGCCUCUACUGAGAUGCUUAGGUCUGUCCUGGGAGAAAUGUAUCUACAAGUGAAUACGAUCUGCCGGCGCCUUGACGAUACGGUAAUGGAGUUUAUUUGUGGGAGGGAAGUUCAAUUUCCCUUCACGAUAUCAUCUGUCAACGAUACAUCCCCUUUGGAAGGCACGUAUUUGAAUUCUGAGCAGCGUCUAAGCGACCGGACAGUCGAAUGGCCAGAGGCGGACCCGGAAAGGAUGAUGGAAGAGUUUUUCAAUACAAUUAAUACGAACAUAGGAGGGGUAUAUCAGCCUUCAUGGUUAUAUCUAUUAUGUCCCCGAGAGCCAUCUCUUAUGAUCCACUGGGCGGCAGUUAUGAAGGGAUUACACGAUACACGCGAUGCGUUAAAAAACCUCAACUUUUUCAGCCACCUACCAUUCCCUCAAUAUGAGGGCUUUUGAGGCUGAAAUUAGUGAAAGUCAAAGGCCUGAUAUAGAGCCUUUACCUGAGACUGUUUAAGAAUAAAGUUGUUCCGUUAAAUAGGCAAAAGUGAUUUAGC